AUGACAGAUACAACUAUUGCACCAUCUAAUGGUGAUGAUCAUCUCAAUGUCCUUAAUUCUCCUUCUUCAACCAUUUCUUCCAUUCAUAGUGAUAGUUCCACUGGUAAACUAAUCAAAGGAUUAACAACUGAACAAACCAUAGAUAAUUCCUUAAAUAUACCAAAGAAAACAUCACAAGUUAACAAUAAGAAACCUAUUAAAUUCACAGUAAGAAAAGUAUCUCAUGAACCAAUAAAAUCACCUUUACCAUCGCCUGUACUUCAAAAUAGUAAUAAUCAUAAUUCAUCCCGUACAAGUUCCACCAACCAUAAAUCUUCCCAUCAACAACAACAAUCUCAAAUUACAACUGUUCAUUUAGUUGAACAUCUUGAAGAACAAAAUCUAGCUAAAGAAAAUGAAAAAUUAAGAAUAGCAGAAUAUAAAUAUGAACAAUAUCAAGAACGAAUUAUUAAAAUAGAUAAAGAAAUUGAAUUUUUAUUAAAUCUUUUACCUCCCUAUAAUGUUGAAAUUGAUUAUUCAACUAGAACUAAGAUUAAUAAAGCUAUUGAAAAAUUAAAAAUGAAACAAGAUGAAAUUGAAAAGAAGAAAUAUAGUUUAGGAAUUACUAUAAGUAGAUUAUGGAGAGGUCAUGAAGAAAGUGAUAUUUGGAUUAGAAAUUUUAGUAAUCAAUAG